AUGGAUAAAUGGACAAAGGUUCCAUUAAAUAUAUUAUAUAAGCAUUCACGAAAUUUAUCUGAAUAUGAAAAAUUGAUCAAGAAUGAGGAUAUACCUUUUAUGCGUCGUAUAUUAACUAAGAAAGGAAUAAAAGAAAUAAGUGAUAAUUUGUUAUUAAAUGAGAAAACUAAUAUAAAUUUGUUUGGAAGAUUAUAUAAAAAUAACUAUGAAUAUAAUUUUUUUGAAGAUGAGACUAAUGAUACUCAUUGUGAAGGGGAAGAAGAUAGUUUUUCUAAAUUGAAUAUAAUGAAUAAAGAAAAUGAAAAUAUAAAUGAUAUUAUUGAUAACAAUUGGGAUUCUGUGAAAGAUAUGAAUUAUGUUUAUGAUAAUGAAAGUUUUUGUGGUUCGGAUCAUGUGUAUAACUGGGAAUUAGGAAAACAAAGUUUAAUUAAGAUGUUAGAUUUUUCAUAUAAUUUUUGUGUAUAUGGUAUGAAUUAUGACCUUUGGGAAUUAAUACGCAUACCAACAAAUAAUUAUGAAGAAGGUGGUUCAAGGGUUCAAAAAAUGUAUGAAACAUUUAUUAGUUCACAACAUGGUAAUGAGAUAAGAUUAUUUAUAAAAAAGAUUCCUAUUAGUGCAUGGGUAAAUCAAUAUAAAUUAAUGAAGGAAUAUGAAGGAGAAUAUAUUGCAAAUGCUGAAAAUUAUGUUAUGGAAGUAGUUGCUUUAUCUUUUUUAAAUGAAUAUUAUCCAGGUAUAGCACCUAAUUUAUACCGAGUUUUAUUUGAACCAGAUGUAGAUUAUAUUGGUAAGAGAUUUCCUCAAGAAGAUAUUUUCCAAGAUUUGGAUACCUUCAAUCUUGUAUUAGAAAAUGAAUUGAAAUCAAAUAUGAAUGGUUAUAUUGUAAUGGUUUCUGAAUAUUUUGGGGAGAAUAUAAGUGAAUAUAUAAAAAGACAAAGAAAAAAAAUGUUUUCUAUAGGAAGAGAAAAGAAGAAAAAAAAAUUAUUAUAUGAUUGUUUAAAUUUAUUAAGAAAAUUACACAGUGCAGGAUUAUCUCAUCUAGAUUUUACUAGUCAUAAUAUAUUAAUAUCAGAUAAUCAUGAAAUACGUUUAUGUGAUUUUGGGAAAGCUACUCCUAUGUAUACUUUUAAUUUACGACAUAUAAAUAAUAUAAAUGGUAUUUACCCCUUUGAAUCAUGUGCUCCUUAUGUUGGUAAGGUUCGAUUUAUUCCUCCUGAAUGUUGGGAAUUAAUUAAAAAACAGGAAGAACUUGAUAUAACUUAUCCAUUAGAAUAUUUAAAGUCUAUUACAGACGAAGAAGAACGAAAAACGUUUUAUUUUAAUGUUUCAUCAGUUGAUAAAUAUAUGUUGGGGAUCUUAUUUAUAUGGAUUUGGAAUUAUAAUUAUUUAUGGAAGCGUUCUGAUCCAUCAUAUGAUGAUCAAUAUUUAAAAUUUACACAAUAUGACAUGAACCUUGAUUUUUUUAAGGAGACGAAAAGGUGGCCAAAAGAAUUAAAAAAUAUAAUUAAGCAAUUAAUACAUAUAGAUUAUAGGAAGAAUUUAAACCUAAAUGAUUUGAGUAAAAAUCCUUGGUGGUCAUCAAAUAUUUAA